ACAGAAAGCCACAUUUCAAAAUAGACGCUCUCUGCCAGCAAACUGAGCGAGCGCGCCUCUACAUUCAGUCUUGACCCUAUGCCUGCAACCCCAGGAGAAUGGAUCCUUACAACGACAGCGACCCCGCGUAUGAGGCCACUCCGCUUGAGUCGCCCACUGCCAUUCCAACUUCCCAUAAUUGCCCACGCGUCCGCUUCGCGCCUCCAGGAGGCAACCGGGCAGCAUCCCAGCAUGGCCACGGAGGAUAUGGAAACAAUGCUCAAAGACCACCAUUUCAGUUUGGUGCGCACCAGCAGGGACCUCUCCGCUACGACCCUCAACACGGCCUUCAACCGCAGGGCUAUCCAUCACAUGGACGCGGCCACCCAGCUCAUAAUCCGUACCAGCCAUAUCCGCAGCAGCACCCGUCACAUCCUCAGCAGCCGCAGUUGAUGAGGCCACUUGUGCCCGCAGUCGAAUUUAUUGAUCAGCAUCUGGACGUCUUUCAGGCAGCAUCGUACGAACUUCCAGAGGGCUGUUUUAAAAUCGAAUCCGGCCCAUCGGAAGAAGUGGACAUGAACCUAUUCUGCGUGCCAGGCAUCGUAAAUAACUUGGUAGAGAGCAAGAAAAAGCUGCGCGCUGUUCCCCAGGAGAUCUUCGGCCGCGCACGUCAGCGCUGCAAUCCAUACGAACUAGUGGGCUCGUCCAUUUUUAUGAAUCGUGCAUCGGUAAAGUUGGCAAGUAUUGACUCCCAGCUUGCAUUGACUGCCACUAAGGAAGAUCCAACAGCAGGCCUGGGCUCGGAAGAGGAUGUAAAGACAUUUCGAUUCGUAGACCUGUGUUCGGGUCCUGGCGGGUUCUCGGAGUAUCUCCUUUGGCGCAAACAUACAUGGGGCGAGCGUGCGCGGGGAUGGGCUAUGACCCUCAAAGGCGAGCUGGACUUUCAAUUGGAGCGAUUCCACAAGGACGCGGCAGUCCAGGAGACACUAAGGGUAUUUUAUGGCAAAGAUGGAACGGGAGACAUUCUUAAACAGGAGAACAUUGACGCCUUUGCCGACAUGGUAGAACAGGACACAGGGGGGCUGGGCGUGGGACUCGUCUCUGCAGAUGGAGGUAUUUCUGUUGAUGGCGAUGAAGCUGUACAGGAGACCUUGCUGCAGCGGUUAAUCCUCUGCCAGAUAUUGACUAUGUUUAUGACACUUCAGAAAGGAGGCGAUUAUGUGGUCAAGAUCUUUGACAUCUUCACUCCUGUCACUGCCACGCUUGUCUGGAUCCUAUCCCGGCACUUUGAAAAGAUAUGUGUGGUGAAGCCAUUGACCAGUCGACCCAUGAACUCCGAGCGCUAUGUUGUUUGCCGUCACCUCUUGGAGCGUCAGCCGGCCAAGACGAUUGAACACCUUAGGAACGUCAAUGCAAGAUAUCAGGACAUUGAGGAGAGAGCAAGAUCAUCGACUACGGCGGACUCUGAAGGAAAUGGUGCCAAGAAGGAGGAUAUCAAUCAUAUCAUGGAUCUGAAAGUUUUGACCAACGAUAUCCAAUUCAUGGAAUACAUCAAGCGCAACAAUAUGAAGACAGCCAUUCGGCAGACAGAGGCUCUGGAUGUGUUUUUGAAGUAUGUCAAUGAAGGGCUUCGACCUGCGUUUGACCAGGAGGCGAUCAAGCAGCUGUGUCUACAGGAAUGGCAUAUCCCACCUCGGCCCCAGCCUUAUCAUUCUCAGCACCAACAACAGCAACAGCAACAGCAGCGGCAGCAGCAACAGAGACACCCGAAUAUGAAUCAUCUGCCGCAGCAUCAUGGUCAAUCACACUCACGAUACCCACAACAUCCCCAUCAGCAGCAGUAUCCACAGCAUUCAAACGCUCCCUCAAGACAUCAUCCUUAUCAAUUGUCAAGGCCACAUCAGAACCCAUCACAUUCCUCACAGCAGGGUGGCGUGAGUUCAGGAGGGCAGCCGCACCCCAAUUCUCAGUCCUACAGCCAGGGACAACCAGGGGCAAGACAAUCAUCUGGGGGGAACAGAGGGCAACCUGGCCUAUUGGAUUCCCUGCUGAGCAACAUGCAGCAACCUCCCUCAGAUCAAAGAUGAAAUACACCCAAUAAAGCGAGUUUAUUUCAAGCCACUUGGUAGAACAAAUCGUGGUGCCGUUUGGUGUAUGUUCCCUGUCCAAGAACGAACGCGACCAGGGAACAAGGAUGGCGACACAACACUCUGAUAAACGCAUCAAACUCUUUCUUGAGAGGAGUAUAGAGCGCCUGCCCUUCGACAUCACUCAGAAAGCCGAGGAGAUCUACCUUCCGUAACGUGUUGCAUCACUUUAGUCUUCACAUGGUCUGCUGGCCCUCGAUUAACACAUACACUCGUCUGGCCUGUUGUGAAUUGACCUUAGAGAUGGUGAUCCUUCUGAAAAGCUGAAGCGCAAGGUCAAGGCCAUUGUAGAGAUUGCUGGAGACAACUAUGACCAGUUUACAGAGAAUAUAGCAUCAG